AUAUUCCGGUUUACAACUAUUUACCGUUGCAAUAAGCCCGAUCGCGCCGUUAUGUUUAGGUGUAACAAAGAAGGUUUAUCUUUCAACGAAAUAGAUACGUGGUUACGGGAAAUAACGAAAUUAGAUUUUGUCCACGCAGUGUUGUACACGGACGUUGUCCCGGUGAUUUUUGGCGGACACGGGACGUCCGAAAGUCCAUGUCCGGGACUAUGUCCGCAGGACAAGACUAAAACAUUUUAUGAUGAAAUGAAAGGUCGUGUUUUUGAAGGACCCAAAGGAGUCAAUAUAAAGUUUAUAGAAGAUGAUACCUCAAAUGAUGAAAACGAAAACCCCGGAAAUCAGAAAGUACCAUAUCGGAUCUAUGAAAAGGAUAAUAUAUUUGAGAUAUUUUUGUUAACUCCUAGAAUAACCAACAAAAGUGAUUACAAGAUACAAGGACUUAACGAACUUCUCAUCAUAGAUGAAGAAAAAAUCGACAAGUUCAUUUUCGGAAUUGAAUCACGAAACCUAAUGAGAAUUUCAGAAGUAAAAAGUACAACGCGUGAGCAGCGCAUUGCUCCUCAUACACAUAUUAAGGGACUUGGUUUAAAUGACGAAGGAAGGGCAUAUCAGCAAGCUGACGGGUUCGUUGGGCAAAAUUCAGCAAGAGAGGCAUGUGGUAUUGUUGUGGACUUGGUAAAAAGUAAAAAAAUGGCUGGUCGCGCUUUACUUUUAGCUGGCGCACCAGGUACUGGUAAAACCGCGAUAGCCCUCGCCAUAGCUCAAGAACUUGGUCCUAAAGUACCAUUUUGUCCAAUGGUUGGUAGUGAAGUAUAUUCUUCAGAAGUUAAGAAAACUGAAGUUUUAAUGGAAAAUUUUCGAAGGGCUAUAGGAUUAAGAAUUAAAGAAACCAAAGAAGUUUAUGAAGGUGAAGUGUUAGAACUUACACCCGAAGAAACAGAAAAUCCAUUGGGUGGUUACGGUAAAACUUUGUCACACGUAACCAUUGGAUUAAAAACAGUUAAAGGAGUAAAAACAUUGAAAUUAGAUCCAAGUAUUUAUGAAAGUAUUCAAAAAGAAAAGGUUACCGUUGGAGAUGUGAUUUACAUUGAAGCUAAUACUGGUGCUGUAAAGCGUGUUGGCAGAUCCGACGCUUAUGCUACUGAAUUUGAUUUAGAAGCUGAUGAAUACGUUCCGCUUCCAAAAGGAGAAGUUCAUAAAAAGAAAGAAAUUGUUCAAGAUGUUACAUUGAAUGACUUGGAUAUCGCAAAUGCUCGGCCUCAGGGUGGACAAGAUAUUAUGUCAAUGAUGGGCCAAUUAUUGAAACCAAAAAAGACGGAAAUCACAGAUAAGUUGAGAAAAGAGAUCAAUAAGGUGGUCAAUAAAUAUAUAGAUCAGGGAAUUGCUGAGCUAGUUCCAGGUGUUCUGUUCAUAGACGAGGUACAUUUGUUAGACAUUGAAUGUUUUACAUAUCUAAAUAAGGCGUUGGAAUCCGCCAUAUCGCCUAUAGUAAUUUUCGCUACAAACCGUGGAAUGUGUCAAGUCAGAGGAACAGAUGAUAUUAUUGCACCACAUGGCAUUCCAGUUGAUUUGAUUGAUCGAAUUUUGAUCAUUCGAACAUUACCUUACACUUUGGAUGAUAUCAGAUCAAUUGUUCAAAUUCGUGCAAGAACGGAAGGAUUAGAUUUGUCCGACGAUGCCUUGAACUAUAUGGCUGAAUCUGGUGUCAAAACAUCUUUGAGAUACGUUAUUCAAUUACUCACUCCUGCAAGUAUACUUUCACGAACAAAUGGACGAGAAGUUAUCACAUUGGAAGAUCUUAAAGAGGUGGAUGAUUUGUUUUAUGAUGCCAAAUCAUCUGCUAAAAUUCUCGCUGAGUAUCAAGGUUAG